GAGCAGGCUCAUUCCGGCGCUGCGUAAAAGCUGCGCAGGCUCUCCGGUAGCUGAAACCUUCACCAGCAUUAGAGCAGCAGCAGCACUGCACCGCGAGCCUCCCUGUAGCAGCGCGAGCAGCCGCGAGCUGGCCGAAGCGGCGCCAUGGCACAAGCCGCGAAACACCUGCGCAAAAACAAGGAUUUAGAGGCUCUCGCGGAGCAGGAAAGGAAGGAGAAGGAGGAGGAGAAGUCGAGGAAGAGGAGCCGCUCGCGGGACAAGAAACGCAAGGCCCAUGCCGUUCACCGCUGGCUAAUCGAUCAGGACAAUAGUGUGAGCUCUGAGCUGCCGGAUGGCCAGGGAGUGUGGCACUUUGAUGAAACAGCUGAUGCUGCCACCAGUUUCCUACGUGCUGCCCGGUCAGGUAACCUGGACAAGGCUCUGGACCACAUCAAAAAUGGCAUAGACAUCAACACAGCCAAUCAGAAUGGACUCAAUGGGCUACAUCUGGCCUCCAAAGAAGGCCAUGUUAAAAUGGUGCUGGAACUACUGCACAAUGGCAUCGUACUUGAGACCACUACAAAGAAAGGCAACACUGCCCUCCACAUUGCUGCACUGGCCGGACAAGAGCAAGUGGUCACUGAGCUGGUUAACUAUGGAGCUAAUGUCAAUGCUCAGUCCCAGAAGGGCUUCACCCCCCUCUACAUGGCAGCACAAGAGAAUCACUUAGAGGUCGUGAAGUUCCUCUUAGAGAACGGAGCUAAUCAGAGCAUUCCAACCGAGGACGGCUUUACCCCACUAGCCGUGGCUCUUCAGCAGGGUCAUGAGAACGUAGUUGCCUUGCUCAUUAACUACGGUACCAAAGGAAAGGUCCGCCUCCCUGCGCUGCACAUAGCAGCACGCAACGAUGACACCCGCACUGCCGCCGUGCUUCUACAAAACGAUCCCAACCCUGAUGUACUCAGCAAGACGGGCUUCACGCCGCUCCAUAUAGCAGCACACUAUGAGAACCUAAAUGUGGCCCAGCUGCUGCUGAACAGAGGAGCUAAUGUGAACUUCACCCCCAAGAACGGGAUCACACCUCUCCACAUCGCCUCCAGGAGGGGGAACGUGAUCAUGGUUAGACUUCUGCUGGACCGAGGAGCAACAAUUGAUGCUAAGACUAAGGAUGAGCUGACCCCACUUCACUGUGCUGCCAGAAAUGGGCAUGUCAGGAUUAUCGAGAUCCUGCUGGACCAAGGAGCUCCCAUCCAAGCCAAGACUAAAAACGGUCUCUCCCCGAUCCACAUGGCGGCUCAGGGGGAUCACAUGGACUGUGUGCGACAGCUCUUGCAGUAUAAUGCAGAGAUUGAUGACAUCACACUGGACCACCUGACCCCACUACAUGUAGCAGCACACUGUGGGCACCACCGCAUGGCCAAAGUGCUGCUGGACAAAGGAGCCAAACCCAACACCCGAGCCCUGAAUGGCUUCACUCCUCUACACAUAGCCUGUAAGAAGAAUCACCUCCGAGUGAUGGACCUCCUCCUAAAACACUCAGCAUCCCUGGAAGCUGUAACAGAGUCAGGGCUCACCCCACUUCAUGUCGCCUCCUUUAUGGGUCAUCUCAACAUAGUGAAGAUCUUGCUGCAGAAGGGAGCUUCCCCAAAUGCAUCAAAUGUGAAAGUGGAAACACCUCUGCACAUGGCAUCUCGAGCAGGUCACUGUGAAGUUGCAGAGUUUCUCCUACAAAAUGCAGCUCCAGUAGAUGCCAAAGCCAAGGAUGACCAGACAUCGUUACACUGCGCUGCCCGCAUGGGUCACAAAGAGCUGGUGAAGCUGCUGCUGGAGCACAAGGCCAAUCCCAACUCCACCACCACGGCUGGACACACCCCACUGCACAUUGCUGCCCGGGAGGGACACACUCAGACUGUCCGUAUCCUGCUCGAUAUGAACGCCCAGCAGACCAAGAUGACCAAGAAAGGCUUCACUCCCCUCCAUGUAGCAGCAAAAUAUGGGAAGGUGGAUGUGGCAGAGCUGCUUCUUGAGAGAGGGGCAAACCCUAAUGCAGCAGGAAAGAAUGGGCUAACACCACUGCAUGUUGCUGUCCAUCAUAACAACCUGGAUGUGGUUAACUUAUUGGUUAGCAAGGGAGGAUCACCACACAGUGCAGCAAGAAACGGAUACACACCUCUCCAUAUUGCUUCAAAGCAGAACCAGGUGGAGGUUGCCAGUAGCCUGCUGCAGUACGGCGCCUCAGCCAACGCUGAGUCACUGCAAGGGGUCACGCCCCUGCACUUAGCUGCUCAGGAGGGUCGAGCAGACAUGGUCUCCCUGCUCAUUUCCAAACAGGCCAAUGUCAACCUGGGAAACAAGAGUGGCCUGACCCCACUUCACCUUGUUGCGCAGGAGGGUCACGUGGGCAUUGCUGACAUUCUGGUGAAGCAAGGUGCAUCUGUGUAUGCUGCCACUCGGAUGGGCUACACUCCGCUUCACGUGGCCUGUCAUUAUGGCAACAUUAAAAUGGUCAAGUUCCUUUUACAGCAGCAGGCCAAUGUUAACGGCAAGACAAGGGCGGGAUAUACACCUCUUCACCAGGCGGCUCAGCAGGGCCACACUGACAUCGUCACGCUGCUUCUGAAACACGGCGCACAACCCAACGAAAUUACUACUAAUGGAACCUCUGCUCUGGCCAUUGCUAAGAGGCUUGGAUACAUCUCAGUUAUCGAUGUCCUCAAGCUGGUAACAGAGGAAACAGUUACCAUGACCACCACUGAAAAACAUCGGAUGAGUUUCCCUGAGACAGUGGAUGAGAUUCUGGAUGUUUCUGAGGAUGAAGGAGUUGCACAGCUAACCCUAGGCGAGGAGCUUCUGGGGACAGAAGGUGCCAGGUACUUGAAGAUGGACGACAUGAAGGACCAUGAUGAGGAUUUCCUUUCCUACAAGCCAGUGCUAGAAAACUAUUCACCCGCUCUUCCGAGGAUCCCUUGUGUCUCCCCUGAAACGGUCAUGCUGAAAGAGCAAGAAAUGGAGCAGCAGUACACACCCAUCCCCAUGCCCAAAGAGUACGAUGAAGACUCUCUGAUUCCCAGCAGUCCAGCCACAGAGACGUCUGAUAACGUCAGCCCAGUGGCCAGCCCCAUCCACACUGGUUUCUUGGUUAGUUUUAUGGUGGACGCUAGAGGCGGCUCCAUGAGAGGCAGCCGACACAACGGUCUGCGGGUUAUCAUCCCACCCCGGACCUGUGCCGCCCCCACGCGCAUCACGUGCCGCCUGGUCAAGCCCCAGAAACUCUCCACUCCACCCCCUCUGGUGGAGGGUGAGGGCCUGGCGAGCCGAAUCAUCUCCCUGGGUCCUGCUGGAAUGCAGUUCUUGGGGCCAGUGAUUGUGGAAAUCCCUCAUUUCGCCGCACUGGGCCGGGGAGACAGAGAGCUGGUGGUGUUAAGGAGUGAAAAUGGUUCUGUUUGGAAAGAGCAUCGCAAUCGCUACGGAGAUGAGGUGUUGGAGACCAUUCUGAAUGGCAUGGAUGAAGACUUAGAGAGUCAGGAGGAGCUCGGGAAGAAGAGAAUCAGACGCAUCAUCUCCACUGACUUUCCCCUCUACUUCGCUGUGGUCUCGCGCAUCCAGCAAGAGAGUGAACUGAUUGGCCCAGACGGGGGUCACCUGACCAGCAAACUUCUGCCCACGGUUCAGGCCAGCUUUCCUGAGACGGCCGUCACCAAGCGUGUUCGUCUGGGACUGCAGGCCCAGCCAGUCCCUGAUGAGCUAGUGGCCAAGCUGCUGGGUAACCAGGCCACCUUCAGCCCCGUGGUGACUGUGGAGCCGAGGCGCCGCAAGUUCCACCGGCCCAUCGGCCUGCGCAUCCCACUGCCUCCGUCCUGGAGAGAAAGCCCACGAGACGCUGGCGAGGGGGACACCACCAGCCUCCGCCUGCUGUGCAGCGUCAUCGGCGGUACUGCCCCAGCCCAGUGGGAAGAUAUAACUGGCACCACCAAGCUUAUUUAUGCCCAUGACUGUGCCAACUUCACCACCAAUGUUUCUGCACGUUUCUGGCUGGCAGACUGUCCUCGAACCGCUGAAGCAGUUUCAUUCGCCAACCUGCUGUAUCGUGAGCUGUCAGCAGUGCCAUACAUGGCCAAAUUUGUGGUGUUUGCCAAGAUGAAUGAGGUGCGGGAAGGCAGAUUACGCUGCUACUGUAUGACUGACGACAAGAUGGACAAGACCCUCGAGCAGCACGAGAACUUCACUGAAGUGGCCCGCAGCCGAGACAUCGAGGUGAUGGAGGGCAUGCCUUUACAUCUGGAGUGUUCUGGUAAUCUGGUUCCCAUGCGGAAGGCCACUCAGCAGCCCCGCUGUUUUAGCUUUCAGGCCUUUAGAGACAACAGACUUCCUGUCUCUGUGAAGGUAAGAGACAGCAGUAAAGACCCAUCCGGUUUCUUGUCCUUUUUGCGUAAAUCCACCAAGUAUGAGGAUAGCCAGCAAGUACUCUGCAACCUUAAUAUCACUAUGCCACCGUGCAUAAAGAUCGUAGGGGGUGAAGACAGAAGGAGGACACUGACCCCUUUGGCCCUAAGAGAGAGAUACAGUGCUCUCAAUGAACCAAGCAUGGCAACAAUGAGCGCCAUGGAGCGGACAGAGUUAAAGAUGGCUUUAAUAGCUGAACAGCUGGGACUGAGCUGGGCAGAGCUAGCUCGAGAACUUCAGUUCAGUGUGGAUGACAUUAACAAGAUUCGCGUGGAAAAUCCCAAUUCACUCCUGGAGCAAAGCUCGGUGCUGCUCAACCUGUGGGCUAGCCGAGAGGGAAAGAGGGCCAAGAUGGAAAGCCUGUACAUGGCUUUGAAGAGCAUUGAUAGGAUGGACAUUGUGAACAUGCUGGAAGGACAGGGGCAGCAGGCAGGUCAGCAAGGAGGCCAUGAAACUUCAAGCCGUAGACACAAUGAGCGAGACCACCUGUCUCCUGGCAUGACAAAUGGUUAUGGGCUGGUGGUGCAGGAGGAGCUGCUCUCGCCGGCCUCCAUGCAGUACAGCCUGCCCUCGCCGCUGGGCCACGAGCCCUACUGGCAGGAAGUGUCGAGCAUGGAGUGCGCCCCCAUCGCCACUACGGAGGAGGACACGCUCAUGGAGAUGUCCGAGGUGCAGGUGUGGCCCUCGGGCAACAGCCCCUCGCUGGUGGCCGUAGAGGACUCCUCGCUGGAGUGCAGCAACGCGGACGACUCUGAGGGCCUGCUCUACGGAAGCCUGGGGAGGCCGGGGUGCGUGACGCCGGGCGGAGGACGCACACCCAGGGGUUUGGCGGGCACGGGGGGGUUGAGUGGCUCCAUUGAGCUCCUGGAGGACCAGUCCAUCGGGGCAGACUCAGCAGAGCACAGCACUGCUGCCACCCCCAGUACGAGCGGAGGGGUCAACAUCAAUGGGCUGGACAGAGGUCAAGGGUUGGAGACGGACGAGAAGGCCGAGAGGCCUGCGGUUGACGCAGGCGGUAGCGGUUCUGGAGGAGCCAAUGGUGGGUUGGGAGGAGGAGGAGAUGGCACAGGCUUAGAGGAAGGCUUGUCUCUCAUUUCAGGGCAGCAGAGGGUUUAUGCUCGAAUGAGUGAGUCACCUGGGCUUAGCCGAGUGGCUGAUCGCAAUGGUGACAGGUCAAGUGGAGGAUCUUUCCUCUCCUACCUUCAGGAUCAGUCUGGUCCAGGAUGGCACUCUGUGCAAGAUCCCAUUCAGAACUGGGUAGGAAGCUCUCAGUCCCCCAGUCCCAGGCAGGCUAUGGAGUCCAUGAUGUCAUCAGUGCGGGCAGCAGUGGAUGGAGAUCCAAGUCAAUCCCAUUUGUCCCAGGAAGCCUUGCUCCAGCCGGUGCGUGAUAUGGGGCACUCUGAGAUCCUGAGGGGGCACUUUCGAGGAACCCAGCCUUUCGAGAAGGGCUUAGGCUUCCCCCAUAGAGUACCUGAACUCCGAGGAUGGGAGGAGAUGCGUCUUAGAGGACAGGGCGAUGAGGCCAAGGAUCUUCCUGGAGAGCAAGUGAGGGAGGAGCAGUUUACAGAUGAGCAUGGCAACAUCGUCACCAAAAAGAUCGUGAGGAAGGUGGUUCGGAGGGGAAAGGAUGAGGAGGGGGGUCAGGAGCUCAUUAUUGAGGGACUGCCGCAGGAACUGGAUGAUCUGGAUGACUCUGAGCAGUUCGUGAGCUACGCUGUCCUGGGGCGAGAAAGCAUGUCGGAGGUUGUGGAUGUGAAGAAGGGUGGGGCUCAGAUAGUGAAAUGUGCCACUCUGCGGAGAGUAAAGCAGUGAGCAAGGACUUGUCUCCCACACCUAAACCUUCUCUCAUAGACACAUGAUGAGCCACAGGCACCAAAGGAAAGCGGAAACCUGAGCGAGUUGGAAAGCAGACAGUGGACAGCAGUAUGGAGAGACGGAUUUUAUGACUUCUUUUUAAAACAAAUCUAAAAUAAACACUAGGCUAGAGGCAUGAUUUCAUAUAAAACCAAAACUAAACCUAGAAAAAAAAAGCAUCCAAAAAGUGCUUCCUGUAAUCUUCUGUAUCAGCAUGCGAGAGUGCUGUCGCAUGGCCUGCCUUUACCUACACCACAGACAGCAACGGAGCGAGGGCGUGAAGGGGACGGGAGUAACCCCCCUCCCGCAGUGUGGGGCCAGCAGGAGCAGGAUGUCAGCCCAGAAUGUUGCAUUUCAGAAAGAACCGAGGUUUACAGAGGAUAUGCAAAAGCUAACACACACACACACACACACACACACACACACACACAGUCCGAGCGAGCAGCCGCUCUCCCUCCAGCUCUUACCAAUUCGAGUCUUCCAAUACAAAUGUGUUGUAGCUCAUUCUAAUCUAGAACGCUCAACCUGUGAAUAUUAUCACACUCUAGCACUUGGUACUGUACAUACUGCAGUAUAUGCACUCUAAUACUACAUGAAUGUUCGUUGUGUCUGUGGGUGUGGUUUAUGUUAAAGCAAAAAAAACUAAAACUAAAUGAAUCCUAAUGAAAUGCGAUGAGGAUGCUGCUGAUAUCCUGAUACCUUCUCUUCCCAUCUUCCUGUUUGGUUUAUAAGCAUAUACUAUUAUGCUGUAAUAAUAAUGUCAGAAUCAGAGUUAGUUGUCAGAUUUUGGGAAUAAUGUCCUGCUCGUGUGUUUUAAAUGUCCAUGCGGUGCACAUGAGGUCUCUCUGUUGUUUUUUCUCUCUGAAUGUUUUCGCCCUGUUUAAUUUCCCAUUGCUGUCCCGCCCCGAGGAUAAAGAGUAGAGGGGAUUGCUUAAUUAUUAUUGUUAUAGAUAUUUAUUUUUGGAUGGACCGCUGCUUACUAUUACUGCUUCUGUUGCCUUUCUUGAAGAUCCAUACUGGAUAUGUUAUGAGAUUUGUGAAGGAAUUCUUUAUUAUCAUUGCAAAUGGCCUAGAUUCACCAGCUGACCUCUGGGCAUGAAUGAACACACGCACAAACACUCACAUAUGUGUGUAUACGUACAUGCACACACACUCAACGUUUCAAGCAAAUGAACACUCCUGUCCGGUGCAUAUGUAGCAACCAAGUCUUCCAUUGUAAACCAGAUCAGUAGCUCAGGUUUUGUUGUCCUACAAAAGAUGCUGUGUCCUAUAAGCUGAAGGCAAUAUGAAUAGAUACAGGAGGCUGUUUUUAGGCUCUUCUUUCAUCUUUCAUAUUUCAUAUUUUUAUAUUUAACACUGGCAAUAUGCAGACGUGACAUGAGUUACUCUCCCAGCAAAGGGAGUAAUGUGAAUUGCACCAGAUUGGAUAAGAACUCACACAUCAGUUCACAGGUGUUUUGAUAAAGAUCUGUUCACCUUAUGGUUACCCGUGUGCACGAAGGGACAUUAUAUUGAGUCUGAUUGUGACUGCUAUAUUACUGUUUUGUGUUAGAACAUGAAUAAGUAGCAGAGGGGAAGUGUACAAAACGAUUGAAAACUAUAUGGAAACAUCAGACUUGAAAUGAGACGAUCCAGUGUCUGUCUCUCCAUGUACCAGUUUCAUACUUUAGGUAAUUAUACAUUGUAUGUUAUUUCACUUUUUUAAACAGAUAAACACAGAUAAAACAAAAUGAAACAUGGUACAGGGGGAAUAUUAAAGACCCACUGAUUUUGCAGCAGUGAGGCGUAGAUAAAUAUCAAGCAUGCCAGUUCUCACUGGGAAUUUACGGUAUGUUUAGUAGCAAAUCAACAAAGUGAAGUGUAUCUUGUGACAAAAUCUAACAGGUUCGUGUACAAGUUGAUGUGUGUAAUGUAACUCAGUCCUUUCAGUGCCAUUUCUUUUCUUUCCAGAGUUAGGCAAAGACACUUAGCCACUAAACACUGUGACUAGACUGUAGCACUGUCCCAGCUAAAUUUACCAAUAUACAGACCUCACAUCGCUCCCGUAAUGAGAUAGUUCUUACUAGCUCAGCACUUAAUGUGUCAUUUUAAAUGUAGCAAUAGUCUUUUCACUUCUCCACCCUCUGAAAACACAGUGGGGUUAUUUCAUAUCAGCUUCCUUUACAUCAGAGAAUCAUUCAGCCAAAAACACACAUUUAUUUUAUCAGUUACUUAUGAAUCACUUCAAAAUUGCUUCAGUCACUCAGUAAAUGCAAUAUUUAAUAUGAUUUAUAUGAUUUAGAAUCAUAGAAAUAUAGUACAAAUUUGAAGAUUUGCAUGGUGGGAUGAAUUACAUGCAUAUAUUGUUUUUAUAGAAACUAUAGAAACUACAUGAAUUGUACAGGCCCUUUGAGGCAUGAAGUAAUCCAGUAGACUGUAGCUAGUAAAGUUUCACCUCUAAAGGGUGAUCAUUUCAACAAUAAAGACAUGAUGUAAGUACAAUAUCACAUAUGCUUAUUUUCAAACAGUCCAUAUUCCUGUGCUGCUCAGUUCUGAUAACUGGCUUUAGCGACUGGAGAACCCAAUCAGAAACAGUAUUCAUGAAGCUUCUCAGAACUGAAUGUGAUUCUACCUACUGGUCACGUUGUGACUUUUAAAGCUAUGCCUUUAAUUUGGGCUAUAGAUGUGGACAUGCUGCAAGAAACUGAGAUCAAAAAUCUGCUGAUUUCUGUUAGCAUCUCAACGGGAAUUCUAACACUAUGUUAGCAUUCAGCUAUUUUUGGCCAACCACAGACAUUUAGCACAGACAUUUACAGCUAAUAAAAGACAUUACAUUUGUUUAAGAUUUUUUAAACAGACGAUCAGAGGUUUGGUAGGACUAUCCUAUGAUUCAUUAUAAAUUAGCUAACCAUCUUGUUUUUUAGCAUCAUUAUCUAAAAGGUCCUGAUAAUUCUAUUAAAGACAUGUCAGUAAAUAAGAAAGGGAUCUUAUCCUAGAUUAGCUAUUUUACCUGGAAAAACCUAAAUACUUGUGAAAAAAAAGCUCAAAACAAGCAUUAAAUGCAGGAUCCAGUCAUCCACAAAGAUAUUAGUUAUUAAUGUUAAGGGUUCGCUAUAAAGCUCAUAAAGUUUAGUGUCAAAAUUAAGAGGUUUCCAAAGAACGAUAUUUUACUGUAAACCCCUAAAUCAAUUGUCCUUACUCAUUACCACAUCAUACUCCAUCAAACCCUAGUGCCGAAACAGCGUCCAGAAAUUUAACAUAAGACACAUAUCAGAAUUAUGCAAAUAACCCAGAAUUGUGUGGUACUUGAAAAUGUAGCAUUACCCACAAAGAGACAUGAUGUCAGAACAUAUUACCUAUACUUUGCCUAUAGCACUGUACCUUACGCCUUAGAUGUACGCUGAAACUGAAUUGGCAAAUUUAUCAUUUUUAGAGUUAUAAUUAUAUAGAGUUGGAAGAGUGUGAGCCUAUAUGUCUGCGUAAAAUUUAUAGUCUAUUUACCACAAAACUUCCUACGCAUCACAAACCCUCCCUAAAACAACACUGACAUUAUCAAUAGUAAAGUUAAGUUUUGGGAGUAAUAAAUGCAUUAUAGUGAGGGGAAGGUCAGUGACGAGCAAGAGGAUCAAAAGAAGCAAUUUCAUGAAAAAAAUAAUGUAGGACUUCUUAGACACAACAAAUUUCCAGAUAAAUAUUCCACCAUGUAUUAAAUGAAACCCAAUAAUAGGAAAAAACGAAGAGUAUCUUCAGUAGCUCAGUAUAAAUCCAUCAGAUAUGUAAAGUGUAUUCUGAACACCAAAAUACCAAACCUACAAUAAGGCACAAAUUCCUGACAACAAAUAAAAAUCCCAUUUAUAAAAUGACUGCUCUAAAUUGUGCACAUUUAUUUUAUCAAAAACAAUCUUUUCUCAAUUCUGAAAGUAUGUUAGUGAUAUUUUCAUUAUAUGCUCUAAAACAACAUUUACGCCUUGUACUCUUUGAACUAUGAUUUUUGAUCUUUGAGUAUUUUUUCCUUUUUAUGUUAAAGAACAUGGCCCUGAUCCAGCAAUGUGUACAAUUAUCGCUGCCGUUUUCUGAGAUUAUUUAUAUUGUCUUUUUGCAAAAUUGGGCUUUACUGGACACAGAACACUACUGUGGUAGAUGCUGUUAAAAUGUCAAAUCGGCACAACAGUAAAACUAUAAUGAUGACGACCAAAACUCUUCUAGGUCACCAAAUGCAACUGUUGUUUGCUUAAUAACAACAUCAUUUAUGCUCAUGUGCUCUACUUUUACUGAUUAAUUUGUUCAAUUAUUGCUAUUUCUGCUGCGAACAGAAAUGAACAUGUUUAUGUUGAUGAAUGUUGGGAAAAGACUUGGGGAUCUGGACAUCAUUCAAAGUCGGUCCUCCUUCUAGCCCUACAUGUCUUCUUCCUAAAUCUGAGGCCCAAAGCGUUAAGUGAUGGUUAAAUAAAGUCAGUGUAAAGAGACUGGGGGUUCCAAAAAAAACGCACAGUGGGUUGAUUGAUGUCAAAGCAGUGAUUAAUCAGAUUACAUGCAAAAUGAUUAAAUGUUGCAAAAACUAGACAGAUACUUAUACUCCUAACUUCUAGAGAAUGGAUUGAAACCAGUAAUGCAAUAGUGUAUUAUUUAUGAAAAGGAAUGCAAUCUGCGCACAUGCACAGAAAAAAUGUUUUUAAUAUAUAAAGAGAAAUAUAUAUAAAAAUAUAUCCAUAUAUAUUUAAUUAGAAUGCUUUGCAAUUGCUAAUGGGGAUUUAUUACCUACUACUGGGGAUUAGAUUUCUGUUAUGGAUGUACCUAUAGCAUCUUAGCAACUGAAACUUCUGGGGUAUGCCUGCAACCUGGAAGGUAAAAGAGGGCUUGAGGGUUCUUCAAUUGAUAUUGUUUUAUUUAUGUAUUUAUUUUUUGCUAUGGAGAGGGGAAAAUAAUGAAACUGAAUGAACCUAUACACAGUUCUGGAUCAGACAUGAUCUGACCUGAGAUAUAUGUAUAGAUGAUCUUACCCUGUACACCAGCUGAAAAAUAUAAACAUUUACAGGAUUAAUAAAGAAAUGAAUACUCACACAACA